UUUGCCUCUUGUUUUAUUACUUUGUAGUAAAAUGUUUUCUUUACAUUGUUUACUAAUGGGGGCUGGGUAGAUAGCUCAAUGUUUAAGAGCUCUUGCUGCUCUUUUGGAAGAUUGGGAUUUGGUUCCCAGUUUCCACACAGCAGCUCACAAUGGUCUAUAGCUCCCAUCUCAGGACAUCCAAUGCCCAUUUCUGGAAUAGGCAGGUACUACACAUAAACUGACAGAAGCACACACAAGGACACAUGAAAACAAAAAUUUAAUUUUUAAAAAGGUGGCUAAUCAUCUUGACCACCUGGAAUUGCAUCUGUGAUAAAGACAUUGUUUGCUCAUUCGGGGCUUGCAUAUGUGGUGGGCAGGACAUAAUUUAAUCCUUGGGCUCUCCCUAGAAAUCUCAGUUUGAAGAUGAAUAAAGAUUUAGUUUCAUAGCAGAACAUGCUGAGAGUAAGUGGUCUGCCCUUACUGACAGACCUGGAAGAACAAGUUGAACCUUGGAGAAUCCUGGUGGCAAAUUCAUUCCCUUACAGGUGAAAACAAAAUGUAAACUAACACUGUUCAAAAAUUCUUUAAAAAUCAUUCUCAUGGGAAAAGAAUUGAUUUGAGUUGCACAAUUUCUUGUACUUAGGUUUAGGUAACAUAUGCAGCUGAAUUGCAAAAGUUAAGUUGCUAUUUUGUCAAAUUUCAAAUUAUGGGGUGGGUGAAAGGUUAAUACUUUUUUUUUUUUUUUUUUUUUUGCUUUGAGAGCAAACUCUACCUGGAAGAAGCCUGCAGAGCUUUGAUCUUGACCUGAAAGUAUUCCUGCAGAUUCUAGAAUCCCAAUGGGAGAACAACCAUGCCAGGAAUGAGCCCAAAAAUAUAUUUUUUUAAAUAAUAGCAAACAAACAAAUGCAGAACAACAAGGCUGGCCCAUUGAUAUCCCUAAGGAAUUGCUGGCUGGAAAACUGCUUGGAAGAAGGGGAGGGGGGGUGAUCUUUGUUACAAACUUCCUUCCCCUGCCCUGGCUUCUGUUUCCUUACCCCUCUUACCCCCCCCCCCCCCCCGGGGAGUUGUGUUUUCUGGGAUCAGCAAGUAGAAAAACCACAAGUGGUCUUUUCUUUUUUCCUCUUUCUCCUGUAAAUAAAGCUUUAUCACGUGUGGCCUUAAACUUGCUGCAAAUUGCAAAGAAAUGGCUCAAAGUCUCCAGCUCUUUCCGUACCCUGAGAGCUGAGACACAGGGCAGUGCCCUUGCCAGGGUGCCCAAUUCCCUCCAGACUGCCAGAAAAAAAAAAAAAAAAAAAAAAAAAAAAAAAGAGGCCAACUGGAGAGGAGAAAGAGAAAGAUUGCCCUGGGGUGAGACCAGACCCUUGGUCUUUUCUGUUCUCUAAUCUGUUCUGUCUGUGCCCACCAGCUCUCUUGACUUGUCAGAACUGCUCAGAGCUGCUGCCGGGUGUUGCCUCAGUUUCUUCUUUCAGGCUGUGCCCUGGGAGUCAGCCUUUUGCUGAACUUUAUGAGAACUGGCCAGCUUUGAUCUCCACCUCCAGAAACAAAAUUCAAUCUGUGAAGCCAAAUGAUGAGAACUUUAAUAAACCAAGAAGAAGAAUUGGCUAACAAGCUUUGACAGGCUGGGAUAAGGAACGUUUUCAUAAUGGACACCUCAUCCAAGAAAAACGCCCAUUUGUUCCACAAAAACCCCUCGCGACCUGUCAGAAGGCAAUCCCUUAAAGCCGGGUGUCCAUCCCCAGAGGAAGCGCGACCAUGCUGUGGCAAACUCAAGGUGUUCCUGGGUGCCUUGUCUUUUGUUUACUUUGCCAAAGCGUUGACAGAAGGCUAUUUGAAGAGCACCAUCACUCAGAUAGAGAGAAGGUUCGAUAUCCCUUCCUCCCUGGUGGGAGUAAUUGAUGGUAGUUUUGAAAUCGGGAAUCUCCUGGUCAUCACAUUUGUUAGUUACUUUGGCUCCAAACUUCACAGACCAAAAAUCAUCGGAGCAGGCUGCUUGGUCAUGGGAGUCGGAACACUGCUCACGGCGCUGCCACAGUUCUUCAUGGAGAAGUACAGCUAUGAGAAAUAUGAGAAGUAUUCUCCCUCUGCCAACCUCACUCCCAACAUCUCUCCGUGCCACUUGGAGUCCAGCAGUCUGCCACCAAGCUUAGCCAUGGGGAAAUCACCAAACAAAAUGAAUGAUGAAUGCAAAGGGGAUGCCAGCUCCUCCAUGUGGGUUUAUGUCUUCCUGGGAAAUCUUCUGCGAGGAUUAGGGGAAACUCCCAUCCAACCCCUUGGCAUUGCCUAUCUGGAUGACUUUGCCAGUGAAGACAAUGCUGCUUUCUACAUUGGGUGUGUGCAGACAGUGGCAAUUAUAGGGCCCAUUUUUGGCUUCCUCUUGGGUUCAUUAUGUGCCAAACUGUAUGUUGAUAUUGGCUUUGUAAAUCUAGAACACAUAACCAUCACUCCAAAGGAUCCCCAGUGGGUUGGGGCCUGGUGGCUUGGUUACCUAAUAGCAGGGCUCCUAAGUCUCCUUGCAGCUGUUCCCUUCUGGUGCUUACCCAAGACUCUACCAAGAUCCCAAAGUAUAGAUGACUCUGGAUCCUCAUCUGAGAAGUCUAAGUUCAUUAUAGAUGACUCUAUUAACUACCAAAUGGCCCCUGGAGAAGAAACAAAAAUCAUGGAAAUGGCAAGAAAUUUUCUUCCAUCCCUGAAGACUCUUAUUAGAAAUCCAGUAUACAUCUUAUACCUGUGUGCAAGCACUGUUCAGUUCAAUUCUCUAUUUGGUAUGGUGACAUAUAAACCAAAGUACAUUGAGCAGCAGUAUGGGCAGUCAUCCUCCAAGACCAACUUUGUCAUUGGGCUUAUCAACAUUCCUGCAGUGGCCCUUGGAAUUUUCUCUGGGGGAAUAGUUAUGAAAAAAUUCAGGCUGGGGGUGCUCGAAGCUACAAAACUCUACUUGGGAUCAUCUGUCUUCGGCUACCUCCUCUUCCUCUCUCUGUUUGCCCUGGGAUGUGAAAAUCCUGGUGUGGCUGGACUGACUGUGACCUACCAAGGAACCAAACCUGUUUCUUAUCAUGAACGAGCUCUCUUUUCAGAUUGCAACUCAAGAUGUAAAUGUUCAGAGUCAAAAUGGGAGCCCAUGUGUGGGGACAAUGGGAUCACAUAUGUGUCAGCUUGUCUUGCUGGUUGUCAAUCCUCCAGUCAGAGUGGAAAGAACAUUAUGUUUUCUAACUGCACUUGUGUGGGACUUGCAGCCCCUAAGUCAGGAAACUGGUCAGGCAUGAUGGGCAGGUGUCAGAAAGAUAACGAAUGUCCCCAAAUGUUUCUGUAUUUCCUUGUGAUUUCAGUCAUCACGUCAUAUACCUUAUCUCUAGGUGGCAUACCUGGGUAUAUAUUACUCCUGAGGUGCAUUCAACCACAUCUUAAGUCUUUUGCUCUGGGAAUCUACACCUUAGCCGUGAGAGUUCUUGCAGGAAUUCCAGCUCCUGUGUAUUUUGGUGUUUUGAUUGACACUUCAUGCCUCAAAUGGGGAUUUAAGAAAUGUGGAAGCCAAGGCUCCUGCAGAUUAUACGAUUCUCACGCUUUCAGACACAUAUACCUGGGACUAACCACCCUCCUUGGUACGGUGUCCAUUUUCCUAAGCAUGGCUGUGCUUUUUAUUUUAAAGAAAAAGUACGUUUCAAAACACAGCUGCUCCAUAGCCACAAGAGGCAAAGCAGUGGCAUCUUCAAGCUUCAGGAUGGAAGCACGUGCUGCUAGGGAUCGUGGGCAACAGCCCAAGUACUGGCCCGGCAAGGAGACACGACUUUAGGAAAAUCACAGAAAACGAACAAACAUGGAGGUCAUCUUAUCCAAUACACGAAUGUUCUGCAAACAAAUAAAAUUAUAAACAAAAGGGCUUCCCCAUGUAACGUGUUUCUCCUUUCAAAAGUGUGUCUGCUUUUCUUUUGUUUUUUUACUCUAAGCUAUAGAUGGUAGACCUUAAUAAAUAUCACUAAACAUAGAGAUGAAAAAACCUUUAACUUAUUUAUACAUUCCUUUUAAUUAUGUUUCAUUUGUGCUUCAUCUGUGUGGUGUCCGUUGAUAUGUAAGAUGUAUUCCUGGGGGUGGGUGUCUCUCGUGUCAGAUUAUGACAUGUCCUCGCUAAACUGAGUCACUUGUCCAGAAUACACUGAGUCGUUCCUAAGGAGAGCGCUUGGUUCUAGAUCCUUCUUGGAAUGCAGCAGUUGAUACAGAAAUGGUUCAUGACAGAGUGGCCUUGAAAGGCUAUUUUAAGUUAUUAGUUCCCCCACUAAUUGUUUACAUCUGUUCAUUGUGACAUUAGAAGCAUCCAUGGUCAUAUUGUUGUUAAUGUCACUGUGCCUUAUUGUCUGUGCAUUCAAUGAAUUAAAAUAUUUGAAAACAAAUGCUGCCCAUAUUUCCGUGUAGACAGUCAACUCUCUACUUUAUACACAAGGUGUGGUCAUAAAUAUAUUUAAAAGUUAAGUUUGGGGGGGUGUGGACCUGGGAGGACUGGGAAGUGAUGUGAUCAGGAUGUAUUAUGUGAAUUCCCAAAUAAUCAAUAAAAAUACUACGUUGGAAAAAUAUAAUAUCACAGAUACUACAAAAUGCUUAUAUAUCUGUGGUACUAUGUAUUACUGUGUAGCGUAUCUAAGGUAUAUAAUGUUUAUGUAUACUAUACAUGUACUAUAUAGUUUAUCUGUACUUUAUAUAUAAAGCAGGGAUUUAGACUCUCCAAAGGCUCAUUUUCCCCCUGUUGAGGUUGUAGCCUCUAGAUGCCAUUUGUUUUUCCUGGUUAGUCUUUUGUCACCUUGAUACAAGCUAGUGUCAUUUGGAAAGGGAGACUCUCAAUUGAGGAAAUUCCCCCAUAAUACUGGCCUAUAGGCAAGUCUGACAAGCAUUUUCCUGAUUACUGAUUAAUUGACCUCCUGGGCUGGUGGUCCUGCAUUAAAUAGGAAGGCAGGCUCAGCAAGCCAUGAGGAACAAGUCAGUAAACAGCGCCCCUCCAUGGCCUCUACUUCAGUUCUUGCCUCCAAGUUCCUACUUUGAGCUCCCACAGUGAUGGGAGUUAUAAGGUAAAAUAAACCCUUUCCUCCACAAGAAAGUUAAGUUUCUGGAAACCAUUAAUAACUGUGGUUGUUAUUCCUAGAAAGUAAAUGGAUUAAGUGGUAUUAAGGCUGGGUGUGGUGUCUUAGAUGUCUAGUGGCCACUUACCAGACAAGUCAGAAAGAUUCCACCAGGUAACUCUCUGGUACUCUUCACUGGAAACCUUCAGUUCCUCUCCCCUGGCAUUUUGAUACUCCCCUGACUGCAUUCUAAUCUUCAAACCAUUACCACCAUUUUUCUGCCUCUAUCACCAGUUUAAACAUAGUUCUGAUCCCUCUAAGGAAAACAGAGAUAAACCAGAGAACCCCGUAUAGAGGCAUUGUACCGAGAAGUCAAUAGUCUUCAGUAAGUCCUGGAAAGUCCAAAGACCAGGGGAAUCUCAGUGUGAGUUAGACAGUACAUACAGUGCCUUGGAUGCAAAGGGCAGGACACUUACAUACCAAAGCCGCAUAAGGAAUCCAUCACCAUGAUACAUCACUCAUACUAAAACCUGAUUCAUCUACACAGCACUAAUGAUACUAAAAUCUCCAUUUAGGAAAGGGUAUGGCAAAGCUGAGAGAGGUUACACAAAUUGUUCAUCAAUGGAGAAGCACAGUCAAAAUAAAAUUCAGGUCUACAUGAAAUCAACUUUCCACCAUAUAAGCCUAACACAAAACUGUGUUCUAGGACAGAUGCCCCAGUCAUUUGUAAUGUCUCAGAAUUGCUUUAUUUUAUGUGUUUUCAUUGAUUCAGUCCUCAUCUAUGCCUGUAUAUUCCAAUAUCAUAAGAUAAUUAGCACACAGUGGAUUUCAUUAGUAUAUUGGUUUUUGUUUUGUUUUGUUUUCCCCAAGUACUAUAUCUUGUGUUCAGAAUAGUAGACUUUCAAUAGAUAGACCCAAAGCAUGCUGGGUAAACUUAAGCCCAGUGAUCAGGGAAGGGCUUUAGAGACUUAUCCUUUAAAUACAAUUCUUUAUAAGAAAAAAUCUUAAGCUUGCUUGAUUUGUUGGGUCAAAGGCAUGCAUUGGGAACCAUGUGAGGGUGAAAGGACAGUUUAGGAUAGGUGAUUCUCUUUUUACAGCAUGUGGGUCCCAGAAUGAAACUUGGGUCAUCAGGCUUGGCAGCACUGAACCAUCCCACUGGCUUCUGACACACAACUUGAAGUAACCUUUAGACAAAAAGGAAACAUGAACAGGACACUCCCAAGAAACCCAUGUGUUUGAGUAGAAGUCUGGCAGGAAGGCACCAGUUAAAUUCAUGUUUGCUUUACUCACACAGCAAAAGAAUCUAAUGGUCCAAAUAUGGUUUUUGACUGUCCUUCAUUAUCUUUUUACAUAUCAGUUCUGAAAAAAAAAAGAAUGGGAAAAGAUGUAAGGAUUGGGAAUGAGGAAGAGAUAUGUCCUUUAAAACACAGCAAUGUUGGAUCGUGAGAGGCAGUUCAGCAGGUACUACACUUGAUGCUUUUUUGAGGAACCAGGUUUGGUUCCCAGUCCCCAUAACUGGGAGCUCACAGACCCCUGUAACUCCAGCUGUAGAGUAAUCUCAUGUCCUCUUCUGAACUUAGCAGGCACCCAUACCUAUGCAUGCAUAUGCAUACAUGGACACACACACAUAUCUUUGUCAUUUGAUUGAAAUUAGUAACAAUUGUAUGUUUUAUAUUUCUGCUGAUUUUGAAAAUGUAAUGCAUCUUUGUCCUGGUAAGCAGGUCUAUGUGCAUUAGGUCUCUGCCCUGCCAGCUCCUGAACAGGAGUCCAUUUCACCAUUGUCGCCAUUUUCUGUAUCCACCUGACCCAUGUUAAAGGGUGCAUGGGUUUGACUCAGUACCCUUCUCCAGCUUGUCUUAAUACAUUAAAGUAAAAUUUAAAUCUCUUACCCUAGCUUCCACAUCCUUUUC